UCACGUGGUCACGUCCUCCUUCCUCCGCUUCUUCUCGACGUCAGGCUGACUUGAAGGCAACGUUAUCUAAAAGGAGGAUAAAUAGAAGCGGGGAGUAGAAACAGCAACUACCCCAUAAGCUGCCUCAGGAGCAGUGAAGUGUCUUCAUGGCAGUUCGUCGAGGACACAAUAAGUACUUUAAAGACGUGUAUGAGAUGUCUAACGGGUAUGAAGACCACAUGGGAGGGGAUGAGGCGAAGGAUGCAAAAACUAACCUGAUAGUGAACUACCUGCCUCAGAGCAUGACUCAAGACGAGCUGCGAAGCCUCUUCAACAGCAUUGGAGAGGUGGAGUCCGCCAAGCUGGUGCGAGAUAAAAUGGCAGGCCACAGUUUAGGGUACGGAUUUGUUAACUAUCUUAACCCUAGUGAUGCAGAAAGAGCUAUCAGUACUCUGAAUGGACUAAGGCUACAGUCCAAAACUAUCAAGGUUUCAUACGCACGGCCCAGCUCUGAAACAAUAAAGGAUGCAAACUUGUAUAUCAGCGGUCUGCCCAGGUCCAUGACACAGAAGGAUGUGGAGGAAAUGUUUUCUCGCUUCGGGCAUAUCAUAAAUUCCAGAGUACUUGUUGAUCAGUCUUCAGGUACGACAGGCGUCUCUCGUGGGGUGGCUUUUAUCCGGUUUGAUAAACGAGCCGAGGCUGAGGAAGCUGUCAAGAGCCUGAAUGGUCAAAAGCCGCCUGGAGCCUCAGAGCCGAUCACAGUGAAAUUUGCCGCCAACCCAAACCAGGUGAAGAAUACGCAGGUCAUCUCGCAGCUCUACCACAACCAGUCCCGGCGCUUCGGCGGGCCUUUGCACCACCAGGCACAACGGUUUAGGUUUUCUCCAAUGGGUGUUGAUCACAUGGGCGGCAUGGGAGGCGUGAAUGUUCCCGGUAGCUCCUCGUCUGGCUGGUGCAUCUUCAUCUACAAUCUGGGUCAGGAUGCUGAUGAGAGCAUCCUGUGGCAGAUGUUCGGCCCUUUCGGCGCAGUCACAAAUGUUAAGGUGAUCCGCGACUUCAACACCAACAAGUGCAAGGGAUUCGGUUUUGUAACCAUGACAAACUACGAGGAGGCGGCGAUGGCCAUCACCAGUCUGAACGGGUACCGGCUCGGAGAUAAGAUAUUGCAAGUGUCCUUUAAGACAAGCAAGGGCCACAAGUAGAUUGAUAUGGACAGUUUGUGUAGAAGGGUGCAGUUAACAGGCUGUGUCAGGCUUUUUAGUAGAAAAGUGAAUUUUAAUGCCAAAGUCUGGCACAUUUUCGGUUUAUUCGUAUUUUGAGUAAACUGAGAAUUUCAUUCUUCUGCACCUUUGUACUUGUCUAAAGAAGUGUCUUUUCAUGUCUUUUUUUUUCCGUAUUGAUAUACUAAUUUUUCUUUUUUUUUUUUGGGACUUGAUGUCACUCAAUUUAAAUUUGUUUUUGUAUUCAUAAUAAUUCCUCAAAUUGAUUGAAAUUGUCAAAAUCUAAAAUACUGUUUUAUAUGUUGCAUGAUUCAUAGCAUGAGGACAGUGGAGGGCUCCCAAUAAAAAGAAUUGAAUAAUAAAAAAACAGCUUAUUCAAAAAUGGACAAUUCAAUGGUUAACAUGGAGCAAAAAUAACUAAAAACUACACAUGCCAACACACCAAAUUUUUAAAUAGGGGGCAUUGUUUUGAACAUGUUUGAUAAAAGCAAAGCACUUUUAAAAUGUUAUGUUUGCAAAUUAUCUGGAUAUCAAUCUUCUGAUGCUGACAAACAUCAGCUCAUCCUCUGACCAACAUUUCGACUGUGCAGAAAAAUCUAUUUGUUUUGGUACCCCUAAGGGUUUGUCUCUGUUUUUACAUAACUCGUAUUCAAGAAAAGAUUAAGACAAUAUAUAAGACUUAAAAAGGACCAAAGCCAGAGAUCCCAAACAUCAAACAUUUUUUAGGGGAUUUAGUAAGAAAACUCGCAAUGUUUCUGGAUUUUUUUUUUUAUAAAUCGGUACUGAAUUAUGUGAAGCUUUCUGACAUCAACCCCUAUUAGUAUAUAUAUUUUUUUCUUUUGUUUUAAUUAUAUUUCUUUGUAGGGAGCCACAUUUCUGUUUCAAUUUAAGUUGCAAGCUUGUGCAAAGAAGAGCUAAGUUUGGAGAUAAAUGAAUAGCCUUUGUUAACAAUUAAAGUUAAGGUUUGCUUUUGUUUCUUUCUUUUUCUUUUUUUUUUUUUUUGAUUUGGUUGUUCCAUUAUAAAUAUUAAACCAUUAAAUUUUAUUUCAUUUUGAACGUUUUGUUUCGUUUGUUUCUUUCAUUUAUUUGCAAUUUUUAUUUGAGUUUUGUUAUUUUAUUUUUUCGAAGCAGAAAUUCUCCAGCCUCCCAAAAGUUCGUGAUGAUUCUAAUCUAUUCUCCAUUUAAUAGCAAGACAGAAUUCAUAUAUUAAACAUCAAGUGGACCAAAACAAAUUUAGACGACUGAGGGAGGGUUACAUUGUGUUGAUGCCGCGUUUUAAGAGAAAACAUCCUUAAAGAAAAUAUAAAAGAUUUAAAAAAUAAAUAAAAACAAAAAAUUAGAACAGAAAGGAUUAGUAAAUAGAAUUUAUGUUAGGAUUGGCUGUUCUUGCAUAAAUAGCCCCCCAUGAAUCUGGUUGCUCUUUCAGAAUGUGUAUUGGAUAUUUUCUAGAUUUACAUUUUAAGAAAAGUCUUUGGUAUUUAAAUAUUUUAAUGUCAACUUAAAGUGAUUAAAAAAAACUAAUAUUAGCAGAUAUAGCUUUUUUUUCUGGUAAGAUCUGAAUGUUUUCAUAUGUCAAGCUCAGCAUACAGCAGUUCAUCUUCCUUUCAUUGAUUUUGUGGAAAGGUGGUAAGAAUGAUUUUAUGUCCUUUUAUCCAAACUCAGCAGACACUGACCCAGGGAACAUUUGGUAUGUAUUUAAACCCAUGAAAAUAGGACUAAAACCAAGUCAAAAAAGAAAAUCCAACCUUCAGGAUAUCCAUAUGUUUGAGUCCUUUGUGCAAUAUUUUAAAACUUGCUGAGAGCAGGUGAUAGUCCUGGACUUUUUAUACACUUUGUUUUAUACUGACAUGUUACUGCUUUUGUUCUUUUCCAUGUGCAGUCUUGUUUGAAAUGUGUGAAAUGUUAAAAGU